UACACACCCUACAUCCACAAUGGAGCCUCUGGACAGGACAGGCUGGACACUGCUCUCUGGUGACCCCAACACCUCCACUCCCAACCUGGGGUAUCACUACUCCUACCCUGAUUCUGGUCCUGCAACCCCGUCCUUCCCCUCCCCAUCCUUGUUCCCCAGUUCGUCCUCCAACGUGUCCAGUCAGAGCGUCCCGUUCCAGGGCAGCAGUACGCUGAUGACUGCGGUCAUCUCCCUGAGUGUGUUCGUGGUCGGCCUGAUCGGUAACACCCUGGCCAUCUACGUGGUGCUACGCUACGCCAAGAUGAAGACCGUCACCAACAUCUAUAUUCUGAACCUGGCAGUCGCAGACGAACUCUACAUCCUGGGACUUCCCUUCCUCACCACCCAGAACGUUCUCUCCUACUGGCCGUUCGGCUCCUUCCUGUGUCGCGUGCUGAUGACCGCUGACUCCAUGAGCCAGUUCACCUCCAUCUUCUGUCUGACCGUGAUGUCUAUCGACCGCUACCUGGCCGUGGUCCACCCCAUACGGUCUACGAAAUGGCGGCGACCGCGAGUGGCGAAGGUGGUGAGCGCCGCGGUGUCGUUGUCGUUGGUGGUCGUCCUGCCCGUGGUCGUGUUCUCCGGCGUACAGGACACGUUUAACUCGUGUAACAUCAGCUGGCCGGAGCCGCAGGGGGUGUGGUCCACCGUGUUUAUCCUGUACACGGCUACGCUGGGGUUCUGCGGACCACUUCUGGUCAUCUGUCUUUGCUACCUGCUCAUCGUGGUUAAGGUGAAGUCUUCAGGUGUGCGGGCGGGCUUCACCAAGCGCCGGCGGUCAGAGCGCAAGGUGACCCGUAUGGUGGUGAUCAUCGUGGUGGUCUUCGUCCUCUGCUGGCUCCCCUUCUUCAUCAUCAACAUCAUCAACCUCAUCAUCAUCAUCCCAGAGUCCUCCGUGACCGCCGGCGUCUACUUCUUCUCUGUCAUCCUGUCCUAUGUUAACUCCUGUGCCAACCCUCUGCUCUAUGGCUUCCUGUCAGACAACUUCAGACAGAGCUUCAGAAAGGUUCUGUGCGUGCGGAAGGCCAACGGCGUGGAGGAUGGUGACCCCAGCGCCCCGAGGAUGGAGAAAACUAGAGAGACGACAAGAGACGACUCCUUCCUGUCACCUAGGAACCACGAUGGACACAACGGACACGCACCACAGAAUAGCCAGGCCGUCCAAUUGGAGCCUUGUGGUAGCCCAGGGGAGAAAACAAGGCCCUCAGGGCCCACUGUGAUUUGCCAGUCCUCGCUUUAAACUCACCUGAUUGGCCGGUUUGAAGUCUCUCUCCCUCUCUGUGUCUCUCUCUCUCUCUCUCUCUCUCUCCCUCCAUAUCCCUCCCUCCCUCUUAAUUCAAUUCAAUUCCGGGGGUUUUAUUGGUAUGGGAAACAGAAGUUGCCAAAGAAAGUGAAAUAGAUAAACUAAAGUGAAAUAAACAAUAAAAAGUGAACAGUAAACAUUACACACAAGUUCCAAAAGAAUAGAGACAUUUCAAAUGUCAUAUUAUGUCUAUAUACAGUGUUGUAACGAUGUGCAAAUUGUUAAAGUACAAAGAGAAAAUAAAUAUGGGUUGGAUUUACAAUAGUGUUUAUUCUGGUUGACCUUUUCUUGUGGCAACAGGUCACAAAUAUUGCACACCGUGGCAUUUCACUCAAUAGAUAUGGGAGUUAAUCCAAAUUUGACUUGUUUUCUAAAGGCUAUGCUCACUGAGUCUGUACAGAGUCAAAGCUUUCCUUCAGCUUGGGUCAGUCACAAUGGUCAGGUAUUCUGCCGUGGUGUACUCUCUGUUUAGGGCCAAACAGCAUUCUAGUUUGCUCUGUUUUUUUGUUAAUUCUUUCCAA